AUGGAUAUACCAUUUGAAGCUCGGAUCCCUCGCGACCCCAAGUUCAAAGCUGACAACAGCAGCGAUGCUUUCGUAGCGCUGGCCAAAUGGGCAGUGGAUUACUCAACAGCUGAGGGGGUUAAAGCAGGCUACAAAGCAGCCUUUCAGUCCGGUCAAGAGAGAUUAAGUGGUUUCUUUUCGAGUCUUCAAGGAUCAUCUAGCAAAGCUCCAGAGUUGCCGACAGAGAAGUUGGUUCACUCGCCUCUUAAAGACACAAAGGGAAUACGCCUAGUCCAGGUGGACGUCAAGGAGUCCGUCCUUUCUCUGACUAUGAACACUUAUUCCGCAUCCGAGAUACCGCCUUAUGUCUGCCUCUCUUACGUCUGGGUCGAUUUCGGACCGAUGUGGAAUCGCGGUCGUGACUUUCGCAAGACUGAGCUUGAGGUUCCUCACUUUAGUCAUGCUGAUACAGUCGAUAUAGCGAUUAACAACAAACUGGCUCCCAUCAAAGCCAAUCUGCACGCUGCCCUGAUUGGCCUACACAAAUACCUCAACGGCAGACCUAUCUGGACUGACGCUGUGUGUAUCAAUCAAGAUGAUCCCGCUGAAAAGACUGUUCAAGUAGCUCGCAUGGAUGAAAUCUACAGUGCAGCUGAGAAGGUCUUUAUAUGGCUCGGUAGGAAGCAUACGGAACGAACAGCAGCAAUGAGUAUUCUUAAAGCGUGGCCGGCAUUCCCAGAAGACCCAAACAGAGCCGAUAUCCAAUUCCACGGGAAGAAGUACACAACCGCAAAAGAAUUCUUCGAUGCAACUUCGACGGGAUCAGAGCUUAUAUCAUGGCUCAGUCUCCUCCGGAUGGUCUCGGAAAGUUGGUGGAGUCGAGUUUGGACUGUCCAGGAGUUCAUCCUCGCCAAGGAAUACGCCUUCUAUUACAAUGGCGAGGAAGUUCCGGCGUCAGAGUUGAAGAAGGCGAUGGACUGGACCUACUUUGUUGCGAAUCACCUGUCGCCCAAAAUGGUACCUUAUUGGGUUACCUUUCAGCCUUCGAUCUUUGAACUGAAGAAGUCUGCGCACAAGCUUCAUCUUCUUGAUGUGACGAUGCUCGGAGGGACUAGGAUGGCUGGCGAUCCGCGUGACAAGGUCUGGGCAUUUCUCGGUAUAACUGACCCGGCGACUCUGGGGCAGACACCUCUCAAACCAGACUAUAGCAACCGAAACAUGGGCGACUUCUACCUCGAUAUAGCGCAACGUCUUGUCAAUGGUGACGCGGGUCUUCUCAUCCUAUCUUUGGUCAACCAUCCUCUUCCACGAGAGUCUUACCAGUUCAAGUCGAAGAAGCCAAUCGGCAACAAACUGCUAGAUAGACAUAAGGCAAAGAAGCGAUUUCCUAAAAAGGAACCAGAUUGGGCGCCCCUGGAAGAAGACCUCUUUGACGAUGCUCUCCAGCCAGAUUGGUCUGGGAAGGGAGUGGGUUAUCCAAGCUGGGUCCCGAAGAUGGCGAGCGCCGUUGCGACUGAACCACUGUUUUUGAAGGAGAUGAAGGCUCAAAAGGCUCGGGGUAGGGCUCUGUAUGAUCACAGUUGGCGAGCCUUUCAUGCAGCGUCUAGUGUACAGGGCGGGCACUCCCUCUCUGGAAACGGAAGAACGUUGUCAGUGAGCGCUCACAUCUUGGAUAGAAUCACCAAGCUUGCUCCCCUGCCUAAGAAGAAAGAGGAUGAGAAGGCAUUCUACAAGACCCUGCGGUCGUGGUAUCCAGGGAGAACUCGUCUCGCCGACAUAGCUUAUCCACCUCAACCCUCAUCAACCGUCCCGGAGGCACUGUGGCGAACCCUUCUGACAAAUAUCUGGCUUACCACCCAUCCUGCACCUGAUGCAUGCAGCGAUCACUUUGCAAAUUAUCUAGCUCGCAUAUCGAACUCUGCUUCUGAGGCUAAGCAUGAUCUUCUGUCUAAGCAUAAACCUAAUUCAGAGGAGGGAGAUAUCUUCGCGAUUGCGGUGGAUGAUGCCGGGACUGAUAGGGUUCUUUUUGUAACGGAGACGGGAUAUUUGGGACUUGGUCCAGCGCGGACGGAAGUUGGAGAUGUUGUGAGCUUGAUUGCUGGGGCGCAUGUGCCGUUUGUGCUGCGAAAGGGGGCGCAAGGGUCGGUUUUGGUCGGGGAGGCUUAUGUACAUGGCGUGAUGUAUGGCGAGGUCGCCCAGAAGGUGGAUUUUCAGAAGAUUGAGAUAGUUUAA